AUGUUGGAUAUCGCUCGGACCUUUCUCUACUAUGCUUUCACCUCUUAUAUGAUGGUUCGAUUUCUGAAAUUUCUAUUUAUUAUAUCAAAAUCUUUUAUGAUCCAUAUACUUACACCUCUUUACAAUUUGGAUCACCUCCGAGACUCAUGGACAGUGGUCACUGGAGGAACUGAUGGCAUAGGCAGGGCUUACAUUGAAGAGUUAGCGAAAACUCGUGGCAUAAAAAAGUUCUAUCUUAUUGGAAGAAAUCUCGAGAAGCUCAAUACAGUAGUGAAAGAGUUGGGUGAACGAUAUGGUGCGACAUGUAAAAUUGCCGUUUUUGAUUUCGAAAACGACACUUACGAUAAACUACCCGAGGAGCUGGAAAGUAUGGACGUCGGUAUUCUUAUAAAUUGCGCUGGCAUUGCUCCAACAAAAGUUGGCAAUUUCAUGGAACUAGCAGAAGGUUAUUCAUCAAAGAUUCUUCGUGUGAACCUGAUGUCCAACAUAAAG